ACUGACACAAGUCCGUUUUGCUGAAGCUGUCUGGAAUCCGCCUCCCUCCACCCCAUCGGCUCUUUAAUGGGAGAGAAGGGGGUUGCUCGAGAGCAUGGAAAGAAAUUAAAACCAGCAGCACUCACCCGAAAUCUAUUCAGAAAAGCCGCCCUUCCGACCUCCCCAUCUCCCUCCGUCCACUUUACAAGUGGAUUUGGAAGAUAAGAGUAAAAAAAACUUCUUGCAAAUUCCUACUCGCAACUAUUUCGGAGGGUUGGCUUCGACGCAAUCACGGCCAGAGGGAGAGUAUUUUAAGAAGAUCACUUGCCGGUACUCCCCUAAGGCUGUGAGGCUGAUGGAAGAAACCUCAUUUACAUGAAGAUUAGGGGUUGACAUCAGGAUUUUGUUACAGUGUAUCAUUCGGCGGGGAAAGGUAUCAAUUUAUUUUUAAUUAUUAUUUUCUUCGUGGAAACCGAUUAAAUCUGGAGGAAUACCGUUACAGUCGAGCCUCGAAUGUGGAAGAACAUUUUAUACAAAAUGACAAAUCGUGUCGCCAGAGAAUCUUACCAAGACAUGGAUUCUGCAUCGCCCUCAACUUUCGACUCAGAGGAUUAUACUCCAACAGAUAAGAGGUGUAGGACAGUGGAAGAUUUUAACAAAUUCUGCACGUUUGUCUUGGUUUAUGCUGGUUACAUCCCCUACCCUCAAGAAGAGGUGCCCCUUCGGACCAGUUCCAGCCCUCCCAACAGCACAGGCAGUACCGUGGAGAGUGAACCUUGGGACAUCCCACUGUCUGUCCCUGGCACCAAUAAAGGCAGGAAAACUUUCAGCAGUUUCAAAAAGGCCAAGCCAUACUCAUUUCUGAAACAUCACAAAUCAGGCAGCUUCAUGCUGCCUCCUUUCAACCGCAGGAAGCCCGACAAGGUGAAGAGGAGGCGUGAGGUGAGGGCAAAGGAGGACAGCUUGAGGCUGGAAGAGCCACAGACUGAAGAGGCCAGCAAGCAGGAACCAACUGACUCCAUUGCAGAAACCAGUGCAUUUUCUCCUGUUCAUGGAGCAGAGGAUUCGACAACAGCUUCUAUUUCCCUGAAGCAUCUCUCCCAAGAAGCCCUUACCCAGCAGCCUCUCAUUCAGCAGCCCCUCACUCCCGAGGCCCUUGAUCAGGAGCCCCUCAAUCAGCAGCCCCUCACUGUCAAGGCCCUUGAUCAGGAGCCCCUCACCCCAGAGACCCUCGAUCAGCAGCCCCUCACUCCGGAGACCCUCAAACAGCAGCCCCUCACGGACACUCCAAAUGCAGGUCAGGACAGUUCUUCUGUGCCAGCUACUGCAGCAAAUGUGCUGAAUGAGACGAUAAAAUGUGAGAAAGUGGAACGGCAGAGAACUGUUUUCCGUCAGGGAAAGCAGGUGGUGUUCAGGGAUGUGGACACAACUGGGAAUGAUGAAGAUAUCAUGGUGGAUUCUGAUGAUGAUUCCUGGGACUUGGUGACAUGUUACUGCAUGAAGCCGUUUGCUGGCAGGCCAAUGAUUGAAUGCAAUGAGUGCGGCACCUGGAUCCACCUGUCCUGUGCCAAAAUCCGCAAAUCCAAUGUCCCGGAGGUGUACGUCUGCCAAAGGUGUCGAGAUUCCAAAUACGACAUUCGGCGAUCAAACCGAUCUCGAAUCAGCUGCAGAAAGCACUUCCUCGACUGAGGUGUCUGUGUCUUUCUAUCUUUAUUGGUUUGGUUUUGUUUCAGGGAGAGAAGAACGUUGAAUCGGCAUCAAGGGAGGGUGGGAAUCAAAAAAGAAUGCAUUUUAAAACAAAAUAGUUUGGUGCACUUGUUUGGAGAGUUUCAUCCGUUUGCACGGAAACUGCGUGCUUUCUGAAUAUGUCUCUCUCCCUUCGCCCUCACUGCCUCCAGGAAUAACCCAAAAAUCAACAUAGAUUGAGCCAAUCUUUCAGUAAUCACACCCUGGUUAAAUGAGCACAGGGGAAAUUGGAGGCUAGGGGUUGAUUUGCAGGAAGAGGGGAGUGAACUUGCUGAGUGCUAUAAACUGUAUUUUUCUUCCCCUUUCUCCAUUCCUUUCACUCUUACCUCUCACCCCUUGCAUCUAAAAAGCCUUAAUCCACCAAGGUCUCCAUGAUGAAGUGAUAGCCAUCACUCCAUUUUUGGUGCAAUCCCCAAAAUGUUUGCUGCUAAGGGAGCUGCAACAGAUAAACAGGGCCUGUGCAAUACACGAAAGGCUUCAAGCAUAAAUGUUAUCAAACAAAAUGAGAAGGGAAUAAUAGAUAAUCAAUACCUAAUGGCCUGCCAUUUAAUAAAAUGAAAUAAAACCAGAUAGUGUUGGAAAUACACCAUGGUUUAGUCAUUUUGAGAGUUGAUUGAAGUAGGUUCUGAUCAAGGGGAUGCACCUUAAAUCUGUCUUCUCUCUUUACAGGUUGCAACUGACUUGCUGUGUAUGUCUAAUAUUUUCUGAUUUUAUUUUUGCUUUCUGGCACUUUCACUUUUAACGUGACAAUAUUUACUUUGGUUGAAAUGAGUAACUGAUGCCUUUUUGCUCCUCUGCACUUUCUUUAAACUUUACAUACUGGUUGACAAAGAGUUAAAGUCCUGCAGGAAAUGUGUGGUAAUAACCUGGGUUAAUCUGUCAGGUUUGACUUGUGCUGUUAAAAUGUUUGGAAUAGACAACCAAUUCUGGAUUAUCUUUUGGAGAAUGUUUGUCUUAGGGAGGCCUUUACAAUUUUUAUGCCUGCAAUUCAGUAUUUAGAACUAAACUUGGUACUUCUGUUAGGAGGAAAAAUAUCCAGGAGUAUGGCUUUUAAAUGAUCAGUUAAUUGACUUUCUCCUCUUCUAUGCAUUGAAAGAAUUGUGUUAUGGGUUGUGAGGGCAGGAGAUAAGAAACUCAAUUUUAUCAACUGUUAAAAGCUCUGGAUAGGGGAAGGUCUGUUAAAAAGACAGCAACCCAGCCCCUCUGUUUUUCUGGGAUUGGGGGUAUGCCAGAAGGAGAGCAAGAAUGUCCUAUCAGUUACUUUUAAGUCCUUUUGGUCCUUACUUGGCAGUACGUUCAAUGAGUUCAGGACAGUAAUCUGUGAAUUUGAGUUGAAGAGUUGGGUGAAAGGGGAGAGAGAAAUCUCAUCGUCCUCUCUUGUCCACCUCUGUUCUUUCCUCUGUAUCUCUCAGUACAUGAAGAUAUUGUAGAACAUGGUUAUGGUUCCCAAGAUGCUGCCUCAGCCAUUCAACAGGUGCUCGUGUGGUGGUUUAAAUAUGUUCAGUGGAGAUGUGGCUUCAUUUGGGAAAGCUCUGGGGUCAUCUAUAGUGACUGAGUCUCUGUUUGUAAAUUGCAUUUAGAUUGGUGCAGACACUAUUGUUUUGGGCAUUGUAAAUCUAGAGUCUUCACCCUUUGACCCUUUCCAUAAAAGGAAGGGGUCGGGGAGAUGAGGAGGUAUCCUUCCGGUUCAACCUUCCAUCAUUGUAUAUUGUAAAAUAUUGUUCAUGUAUUUUUACUCUCAAAUGUCUUAUCCUACAAAAAAAUGCCAAGUUGUGUUUCUUUGACUUGCUGUUUCCAGUGACAGGAAAGAACACAGAAUUGACUCUGUUGAUUUUAUUGGAGUCAAUCACACUGCACAGUGCUCUUGCCUCUCAUUGUAGGCUGAGAGCAGUUGUACACAAUGAGCAACUUUCCAUUAGUAUCCUGUAACCCUCUCCCUUUCCUGUUUAACCAAUGGUCAGGUUACCUCAAACCAGCCAUAUGAUAGCUUUCUCCCCCAGCCUGUAAAAAUAGGCUGAAGGAGGCUGUAGGCCAUAGACAUAGUGAGCACUUAAAGAUGCCUGACAAUCAACCAGCAUCCCCAUCACCACCAUUGUAUACCAGGAGUUAAUGCACAUCCUCAAUCACUCGGACUCCAAUAUUAGUAAUGUAACCUUGCUAUUUAGGAAUAAUUUUUCCUAACUACUUCCCUACUACUGAAAGUAAAUGAACUGGUGGUCUCUCUUUUUGUUGUUAGAGACUAACCCUUUAAAUUUUCCAUCUCAAUAUACAGACAGAGGGGUCAAGAGAGAAAGACAGAGAUGGUGGGGUGAGAAGGCAGUUGUCGUAGAGCAGAUUUGAUAGUAGGGUUCCGAUCAAAACACAGGCAGGAUUCUCACUCACGAUUGCCAUCCCAUGUUCCUGUUGGGAACAUAUGCACAUGAGUAAGGGCAGAAUCCAGCUCGGCUUGCUAACCACAGUGAAUUAGCUGGAUGACACAAGCUUUUCACACACGUGAAAAAUAGCUGUACAGCCAGCAAGUAGAGGGUCUGGAUCUACAUAAUCCACCUAUUAGAGAAGAAAAAAAUCCUAAAACCAACAUCAUAUUAAAAAUAAUUAAUUAAUCACAUGCUGAACUCUCUCUCCACUUUAUUCUUUUGAGGAAUACCUGUCUCUUUUACACCCAAUGCCCGUUAACGUGGAUUCUCCCACAAGAGGAAACAACCUCUCUGCAUUUACCUGUCAAGCUCCCUAAGAAUCUCGUAUUUCUCCGUGAGGUCUUCUCAUUCUUCUUCUCUCCAAUGAGUACAGGCCCAACCAACUCAAUUCUCCACAUAAGAAGAUCCAUACCUAAGAUAAACCUAGUGAACCCUCUCUGGACUGCCUCCAAUAGAAAACAUCUUUCCUUAGAUAAGGGAAAAUGGUGAAAACGAGGGGUUUUUUUGAACAAAGCAGCAUGGUUAUUAUUUCAAACGGCAGUGUUGCUCUUGCUCUUGUUGAGAAUGCCUGCACGAGAUUAUCAUGGACCCGUAACAAGUCUCUGACUUUGAAAAUGUGUGCCGGGAGUGUUGGACUGUCUCCUUGGAAGAAUUGUUAAAGUGGAACAAAGAAAACCUUGUUUCUGUGAAACUUUGUACGUGUAUA